GAAUUGGCACUGGGAUUGGAAAAUAGUGGGCAGAGAUUCAUCUGGGUUGUUCGAAAUCCGAGCGAUAAGGAAGCCGACGCUUCGUUUUUCAGCGUCCACAGCGAGAACGACCCAUUGAGUUUCUUGCCGGAGGGUUUUGUGGAAAGAAACAGAGGAAGGGGUUUUGUGGUGGCGUCGUGGGCUCCGCAGGCGGAGAUUCUGAGCCGCGGUUCCACCGGCGGAUUUCUGAGCCACUGCGGGUGGAAUUCGACUCUGGAGAGCGUGGUUAAUGGGGUUCCUCUGAUUGCUUGGCCGCUGUACGCGGAGCAGAAAAUGAACGCCAUAAUGCUAACAGAGGAGAUUAAGGCGGCGCUGAGGCCGAAGAUGAACGAGGAAAGUGGGAUUGUGGAGAAGGAGGAGAUUGCGAAAGUGGUGAAGGAGUUGUUUGAAGGCGAAGAGGGGAAGAGAGUGAAGGCGAAAAUGGCGGAGCUGAAAAUUGCAGCGAAAAGGGUUCUUGGAGAAGAUGGAUCUUCUUCAACAACACUCUCGGAAGUGGUUCAAAAAUGGAGGACCAAGAUUUCUGGUUUGAAAAUAAUUUAAUCAUGUGUUUGUGUAAUCUUCUUCUUAAUGAUGUGUACGUGAAAGUUUGUAAUAAGUUUAUGAAUUUGUUACAUAUCUUGCAACGAUGAAAUAAGAAGUUUGGUAAAUUAUGAACACA